GAGAUAGCCAUCCUAGCCAGGUCGGCAGUGUCACUGAAGCAUUGCUUGAUGACACAGGAUUAUAAAGAUCCAAAUAACGCCCUAAUAACUAGUAGUGGAUACUCCAAGCUUCUUGAUCUGUCCCUGGGGUGGCCAGAAGGGCUGGCCAUUCUGUUAGAAUCACCUUUACGCCGCCUAUUCUUCGCAUCCAGAGGCCCUAUUGGACACUGUUUUGUGAGAGCGUGCAAUGAGGGAGAAAUUGAAUGCGCCUUGAUUCUUCUUAAAUAUAAUGGAUCCGUUGAGUUCGAACAUCUGAGUGCGGCAGCCCAGAUGAUGGACAGCUCUGUCUUAACUGAACUAAUUCCGGCCCUCGUCAAAUCCCGGAAUGAAAUCCAGCAACUGGCUCUUCAACACCUACCUUACAAAGAGUUGUGCUCACUUUCAUUGCCAACAGACGCCCUCCUGGAUACCAAAAGCUUUGAAGUGUAUGAGAGAUUGGAAAGCUACAAGAUUGAAGUGCGCCCCCACUUUUAUGAUGAGUCCUCCGUAUAUAAGCACGUGGGAUACGACAUUGCGAUUUUCGAACGUCUCUACGCGGCUGGAUUUACUGAUUUCAAUCAGUGUGAUGGGAAUAGCAUCUUGCAUUUCAUGGAACUUCAGUGGAAUAAUUACGACGAUCCACCAGACCCCUUCACUUUCUUAAAAUACGCGGGCUGGUUCAUUUGCAGAGGCGCUAGCCUCUAUCAACUCUCUCACGAAGGCUACCCUCCAGUCUAUUAUCUGGCAGACUGUUUCGGUGAUAAUCUUCGAAUGUGGUCUAGGUGGUAUGAGAAUAGAGGACAAACUCUAACAUCACUCAUGGAGAAACAUUCGUACUGCAGAGAGCUUCUUUGUCUGCUCAUGACAGACGACACCCAGGACGACUGUCAAUGCGCUUGUACAAAUCAUGGAUGCUGCUCGUUGCAGCAGAUACAGCGCGCGUUCAACCGGUUCGAAGAUGACGGGGAUUAUGACAAAACCUCCAUUGACGCUUUCGCCGCCAUGAUUGACGGGCUCCAAGCUUUUGCACCAGGAUUGCUCUCGGGGGAUCAGAUACUUGGCAUCUGUCAGCAAACUAUACGCUACAUCACCUUUGAAGGUCUAAAGCUGACUCACACCUGUCAUAAAUGCAAGAGCCAUGGGUCCUUCUCUUAUGGAGAAGUGGUCUUCGAACGAAUGGACGCAGAAGAGAUGCACGAAUUACGCGACGAAGAAGCUCCGCUCAUUGAACAGCUGGAUGAAUUGGCUACCGACUUCAACCACCAGUAUACCUCGCUCGGGCUUGGGCUGCAUGAGUUUAUUCGAGACUACUGGAAGCCACGUAUGAAAGAGGUUCUUUCUGAGACCGAGGACGACUACGACUACGACUACGACGACGACGACGAGGCGGAGGAGGAGGAGGGCAAAAAGGUCGAUAUGGAGUACAAGCAGCGGAUACGGGAAAUUUGGCGUAAUUCUAACCUAGGACCGCUCUUGGUGUUGGAGCAUCAGCUUAUGAUGAACUUUUAUUUCUCGUUUCGGCUGUUCGUACGAUGCUCUUGCUUAAGUAUUUGCUGAUGUCUUAUGUUAAUACAAUACUUUCGGGCCAACUAACGAGCUUUUUGC